CUUUAAAUAAAAGCGGACGCGCGUCAAUGGGAGUGUAAUCGAGUGUAUUGUCCGAUCGAGAUUCGAGAAGAACGUUAGUGAAGCGAUACUUUCCAUUUAUUGUGAUAUUAUUAAGUGGCAUCUGUGAGUGCGUAAAAAACCUUUAAUAUGGGAAAGGAUUAUUACAAAACAUUGGGAAUAGCCAAAGGCGCCAGCGACGAUGAUAUUAAAAAGGCUUAUCGAAAAUUAGCUUUAAAAUACCAUCCAGACAAAAAUAAGACACCUGGCGCUGAGGAGAAGUUUAAGGAAGUAGCAGAGGCUUACGAAGUUCUAUCUGAUAAGAAAAAACGUGACAUAUACGAUCAGUACGGCGAAGAAGGUCUCAAAGGAGGUGUCAACGCAGGUGGUGGAUCUGGUGGUCCUGGAAACUUCUCCUACACAUACCAUGGAGACCCAAGGGCCACAUUUGCUCAAUUCUUCGGAAAUUCUACUCCGUUUUCUGCCUUCUUCGACUUUGGCAACAAUGGAAGAAUGUUUGGUAUGCAUGAUGAUGAUAUGGAUGUAGAUGAUCCCUUUGCUUCCCUCAGUGGAGGUCCCCAAAGAGGAGGCCCUGGCGGAGCCUUUAGAAGCCACUCGUUCAAUUUCCAGAGUCCUAACAGGAACAAGGAUAAAAUCCAGGAUCCACCAAUAGAGCACGAUUUGUAUGUGUCACUGGAAGACAUCACUAAAGGCUGUACAAAGAAAAUGAAGAUCAGCAGAAAAGUUUUACAACCAGAUGGAUCUACUAAGAAAGAAGAUAAAGUUUUGACUAUUAAUGUUAAGCCUGGAUGGAAGGCUGGAACUAAAAUCACAUUCCAACGUGAGGGAGAUCAAGGGAGAAACAAGAUUCCAGCUGAUAUUGUGUUCAUCAUCAGGGACAAGCCUCAUCCAUUAUUUAAACGAGAGGGCAGUGAUAUUAGAUAUACAGCUAAAAUUUCGCUCAAACAGGCCUUGUGUGGGUGCACAGUGGAAGUACCAACAAUGUCAGGCAAAACAAUACCACUGCAUUAUACAAAUGAAAUAAUCAAGCCAAAUACAACCAGACGCAUCCAAGGAUAUGGCUUGCCCUUACCCAAAGAACCAUCACGUAAGGGCGAUCUUAUUCUGAACUUUGACAUCAAGUUUCCAGAGAAUCUUUCACAGUCUGUCAAGGAUAUUUUAUAUGAUACUUUACCAAAUUAAUUUUUGACUAAUUUUAAGUUUAAGAGUGAAUGCAAUUGUGCGUUUUAGUACAGUUGAAUGAGAGCUGACUAUGUAAUAAUGUGUUUUUGCUUUUAAUUUUUAAUCAGACUAUAUUUCUUUUAAUAUGAUAGGUAACUUAAAUGAACAGUUCCAUAUUUAUUUAAAAAAUAUAUAUAUUAAAUAAAUUUUAAUUUUAAUGUACUGAUAUAAAAUGUUUUUGUGUAAAUACUUCCUGUGUAUUUUUUAUUUGGGUUAUGAUUAUUUGAUAGAUUAAGUAAGUUUAAUACUUUGUAAAUUUUCUUAGUAUUAAAUAUAGAUUUAAUAAAUUAUUAUUUUUUAA